CUCUCAAUCACCGUUCUGUUAUUCAUCUGCUCUCGACUACCAUCAUUCGACUCGUCCGCGUCACUUGUUCUUGAACCUAACUGGUUCACAUCUUUCCUGCGCUGGGACGUCUUCCACUAUGCACACAUUGCGCGGAAUGGAUAUAUGUACGAAUACGAAUUCGCAUUCUUUCCUGGGGUCCCAUUUAUUUUAUGCUUUCUCGAAAAGCUUUUGGGACUUGCAAAGAUUCCCAUGGCAUAUAGACUAGGAGGGGCUUUACUUGGCGGAGCACUCGUGUCGACCGGGACAGCCGUGUUUGCGGUCCAUACCCUUUAUGACCUCACGAUGCAUCAUUUUCAGAGUCCGCACAUAGCGUUGCUGGUAUCUCUUCUUUCACUCCUUUCAUCGAGUCCGGCGACCCUUCGAUAUGCGAGUUAUGCAGAGCCUUUCUUUACCUUCCUUUCAUACAAAGGAAUGUAUUAUUGUUCAAAGGGACAAUUUAGCCUUGCGUCACUCUCCUUUAUGCUCGCAGGUUUCUUUAGAUCGAACGGGACGAUUCUCGUAGGCUAUAUCGUCUGGGGUGUAUUAAUUGAGCCCAUCCUCCACAGCUCUACUCUACGUCGUGAUACCUUCUCGGGGACGACUGGCUAUAGGAUCUUGCGGUGUUUAGUUCUUUCUAUACCGCCUUUAGUUCCUUUCCUCUGGCAUCAGUAUAACGGUUAUACCUUAUUCUGUAAUGUGCCGUCUGGCGAACGACGACCAUGGUGCACCAAAAAACUCCCACUGAUUUAUUCGUUCGUACAAUCCGAGUAUUGGAAUGUUGGAUUCUUGCGUUAUUGGUCGCUUCAACAGGCGCCGAAUAUUUUGCUUGCAAUGCCUGUACUUGCUUUACUGUUCUAUGGAUCCGUUUCAUACAUCCGAGCUGCACUUUUGCCAAGAAUUUGUAACUUCGUGGAAUGUUUUCGCCGAUCGCCAACGUCCUUGCGCUCUGGACCGAUCCAUGACAAGGCGUCGGAACAAAUCGCCUGUCAACGUGAACGAGAUCCAUUCCUCGGAUUGUCCCUUGCACCUCAUGCAAUUCACGCUCUGUUCCUCAGCAUCGUUCUCCUCACCGCGGCCCAUACGCAGAUCGCACUUCGCCUUGCUAGUGCUCUGCCUUUCACGUAUUGGACAGCUGCGCGCCUGUUCCUUUGUAAGACGAGCGUUGGUUCUUCGUCACAACAGGGGAUCGACGACCAUGUCGCUAGUUGGAAACCGUACCGGGUCGCUCGUUGGUGGGUCUGUUGGAGCAUGGUUAUGGGGGCAGUUUCGUUGGUGACAUGGGGCGUCUUUCUUCCCCCUGCAUGACUCUCCGGUUGUAGUUCGCCUUCGUCUAUCUUUGGGGAGAUGUGAAGCUGGUGUCGGGAGGCGGUACACAGAACGUCAGCAUGCCGAAAUUUCAGCUG